AUGUAUGUUCUCCGAGCUGAGACUAUCCCGGUGCUUGUUUCCAGACCAGUUUUUCGUUUCACACUCACUUCCAGUUUAACCAAAUACCAAACAUUCUAUCUCAGUCCAAUGCGUGCUUACACCUCUUACGUUGCUCUUGCCAUCGCCGCUGCGGAAUUCUCAUCAUCUUAUGGGCACCGCUUGCAUCACUCCCACGUCGCGCGUCACCUCCAGAUGGACAUGGAAAUGUCGCCCUCGAUGAACAUGACUUCUGCUCAAAAUGCCUCACUAUCAGAUGAAGAAUAUUCUUGCCCAGUGUGCGGUAUGUCCACGAAAGACAUGGGGUACAAUAAUUUGAAUCACAUUGGGUUUGUAAAUGGUCAAACCAUUUACACAUGCGGCAUGGCACCACGUUCAUUCGAUGACUACAGCUUUGAGCUAACCGAUACGGCUUACCUGGCUGCUAACGUGGCCGAGUUUAUCAUCAACUCCACCGAUGCCAGUGCCUACGCUGAGUGCGAGAACACAUGUGACGAGUGCGAGGACGGCAUUCGUGAUCCUGUCACUGGGGAUAACAUUACGACUUCGAACUUUCAAUAUGUGUGCCUGAACAAUGGUCAGAAGAUUUAUUUUGCGUCACUAUCGAGCAAGGAUGAGUAUCUCAGUAACGUUAACUCAGAGCCGCGUUAUCUUGUGGAUAGCAUCAUUUGUGGAAAUUCAACAUGUGCUGACGCUAACAACAUCACCUCGCUUAGUUUGGCAGCACAGGCGUUUGUGCCAGAGCUGGACAAGUCUAACGAUAGUGGUGCGGCUGGUAAUACUAGCACUCCUACCGUUCCAGGUGGAUCUAGUGCUGCCAAUUCAUUGAGCUCUUCUGUCAUGGCCAGUCUUGCCGUUGGAAGCAUUCUAUCCGUUCUGGCUGCAAUCGCAUAA